UGGCUCGUACGUUGGUUUGCGUGAAGCCAGCAGCAACAGCCUGGUUGAUCAGGCUCUGAUCCACCAGGAGGCCUGGUCACAGACCGGGCCGCGGGGGCGUUGACCCCCGGAACUCUCUUCAGGUAAACUCCAGGCCCCUACAACAACAAAGAACAUCAUCGUGUGUAAGCUGGUAGUGGCCCCUACAACCACAACAACACCACCAUCAUGGCUUUGGUACGGAUGUUUGCUGCCAAGACUAUCAUCACUGGAGGACUCUUACGUAGUUCUAUUGACACUCAUAAAGUGUUGUUAGUGGCGUGCAAGCAGACUAUUGCCCAGCAACUUGGUCUUCCGGAGCCACCCAAGCGUCCAUUAGUUCCACAUUUACGAUUUUUGAAACACUAUCUGGAAGUAAACAAAAUGAACUUUCCCGGUUUGACACACAGAGAACUUUUCAUUAAGACUUCACAACUUUGGAAAUCUCUGGCUCCCACUGAAAAAGAGAAGUGGACAUGUGAAUAUGAGAAAGAUAAGAUAAUAUAUGAUGACAGGUACAAGAAGUAUAUGUCAACUCUUAUUCCAUCUCAAGUGGAGAGUAUAAGGGAUCUGAAGGAGAAACAGGCCAAGGAUAAGAUAAGGCAAGGAAAACGACGGGAGAAGAAAAAGGAAGCAAACAUGCUGGGCAAACCCAGAUACCCAGGCAAUGGUUUUACAUUGUUUAUGAUUUCACUCGACAGAGGAGAAACACCAUCAAAGGAUUUCAUGGUAGGAGUAGCAAAACUGUGGCAUGAUUUACCUCAAGAAACAAAGAAUACAUAUCAUACAAAAGCCAAGGAAAAUCUUGAACAGUAUAAUCAAGAACUUAUGAAGUGGGAAGUCAAAAUGUUGAAAGAUGGCCGAGAUGAUCUGGUUCGUAGGUGUAAGCUUGAGGGCGAAUUAAAAUUUAUUGCACAAUCCCAGAAACAUCAAAAACAGUAGUGGCAAGGUUAAGGUGGUAGUGAGGAAGAGCCAUUUUCUCAAGAUUUAGCUGUAAGUUUUUUUCAGCUGUAACUGAAAAUGAAAAUAGAAAAUAUUAGCCAAGUGGAAAAAAAAAUCUCAGGUACAUUAUUGAAAGAAGCAGGUAAGAGAGAGAAAAAAAAUGUCUAAGUUUCUAACAUAGAUAUGAGUACAAAAGGACAAAAAAGGAAAAAAAAAAUAUGAAACAGAGGAAGUAAAUACUAAUAAUUAUGUUGAGUGGAGGUACUGCAAGAAUUAAGUAGUAAUAUCAUGCUCAAACAGACUAACUGUCUAGAACUAAAGUGUCAAUAGGAGGGUCAUGUAAUUGUGAAUAAGAACACAUAUUUCAGACUUGAAAAAUCAUCACCUGAUAAUGUAUUGAAAAAUUUAUGCAACACCCAUGUUAAUUUAGAUGUGUUUGUUAAACCUAUAAUAUUUGAGACAAAAAUUAAAGCGAGGUUAUAGCUUUUUAAAUUCACAUACUAAAUUUUAUAUAUUGAAAAUUUCAAUGAAUUUAAUGUCAAUUAAGUGAUGAUUAAUUGUUAUUUACAAAAGAAAAGAAAUACUACAAGAAGUGUUAAUUAAAAAUACAGUAAGUUUCAAGCCAGUAGUGUAGGUGUUUAUGUUUAAGUGAGGUUGAUGUGAAGAAAGUUGAGCAGCUAAUGUGCAACCACCAUGCAACACAAGGGUCGCUAGUGCAGUUCCUUGCAACACGUUUUUCACCACCUACUAAUAAACAAGGUAAACAUAUGCAAAACAACCACUGUGAAAAUAAAAAGUGAAAUUCGAAGUGCUUUUGUGAUUUCUCACAUAGGGUUGAUAAUGUGAGAAAUCAUAAUAGCACUUGGAAUUUCACUAUUUUUUCAGUGGUUGUUUUGUGAUAUCAUCUGUAUACUGCUAUCUUAUUGCAAGAUAAACAUUCAGGUAGUACCCAUUGAUGGACACGGUAAACAUAUUUAGGCAAUACCCACUGAUGAACAAGGUAAACAUAUUUAUUUAGGGAGUACCAAGCAUGGUUCAUGUUUACUAGUAGUUACUCCAUGUAGUUCAGUUUUUAAUGAUAUACAAGUGUUGCAAUAAUGGGUUAAAAUGUGUAAAACUUCGAGCAUCAGCUAACAAUGAAGUCACAUGAUUGAAAAGUAAUGUGGAAGUUAACUUGGCAGUACAUUAAUAGGCAUUAAUGGAAUCAGUGAAGCUUUGCAUCGUCUGGCAUUCAUUGAUUCAGAUAAUUAUUCUUAUUGCCCAAACUUGAGUCUCUUUACUGUAUAUGUGAAUACAUUACUAUAAAUGUUUUUUACAUAAUAAAUAUUAUUUGCCUUGUAAAAAUCUCA